CCCACACACACACACAGAGUAACAAUGGAUGAGAUGGAAGAAGAGCUGAAAUGUCCCGUCUGUGGGUCUUUUUUCAGGGAGCCGAUCAUUCUGCCGUGCUCCCACAACAUUUGCCUCGCUUGUGCGCGGAAUAUCCUGGUGCAAACUCCCGAUGCCGAGUCACCACAGAGUAGCCGGGCGUCGGGCUCCGGAGUGUCCGACUAUGACUACUUGGACUUGGACAAGAUGAGCCUGUACAGCGAAGCUGACAGCGGCUAUGGCUCGUACGGAGGCUUCGCUAGUGCGCCGACCACCCCUUGCCAGAAAUCCCCAAACGGGGUGCGGGUGUUUCCUCCAGCCGUUCCCCCACAACCUCAGCAACAACAACAACAUUUACUCCCGCUCCCCGGAGGUUUGCCUCCGAUCCCCCGCAACUCCUGUAUCACCUGCCCGCAGUGCCAUCGGAGCCUUAUUCUGGAUGACCGGGGGCUUCGCGGCUUUCCCAAGAACCGGGUCCUGGAAGGGGUGGUCGACCGGUACCAGCAGAGCAAAGCAGCCGCGCUUAAGUGUCAGUUGUGCGAGAAAAGCCCUAGAGAAGCCACAGUGAUGUGCGAGCAGUGCGACGUCUUCUACUGUGACCCUUGUCGGCUACGGUGUCACCCACCGCGGGGUCCACUAGCCAAGCAUCGAUUGGUACCACCUGCGCAGGGCCGCAUCAGCCGCCGAACCAGUCCACGGAAGAUAUCCACCUGCACGGAGCAUGAGCUGGAAAAUCUCAGCAUGUACUGUGUCCAGUGUAAGACACCCGUAUGUUACCAGUGUUUGGAGGAAGGCAAACACUCAACACACGAAGUCAAAGCCUUGGGGGCGAUGUGGAAAUUGCACAAGGGCCAGCUGUCUCAGGCUCUCAAUGUGCUGUCUGAUCGAGCCACUGAGGCCAAAGAGUUCCUGGUACAGCUGCGGAACAUGGUGCAGCACAUCCAGGAGAACGGCGUGGAGUUCGAGGCUUGCCUGGUGGCGCAGUGCGACGCCCUCAUAGACGCCCUGAACCGCCGCAAGGCCCAGCUGCUCUCACGGGUCAACAAGGAACACGAGCAUAAACUCAAGGUGGUGAGGGACCAGAUCUCCCACUGCACGGUGAAGCUGAGGCAGACCACAGGCCUGAUGGAGUAUUGCCUGGAGGUCAUCAAGGAAAACGACCCCAGCGGCUUCCUGCAGAUCUCGGACGCCCUGAUCCGGAGGGUGCACAUGACGGAGGGCCAAUGGGGGAAAGGCACGCUGACGCCCCGCAUGACCAGCGACUUCGACCUGACGCUGGACAGCGGCCCUCUGCUGCAGUCUAUCCACCAGCUGGACUUUGUACAGAUGAAAGUUCCGGCCGCUCCGAUCCUGCAGCUGGAGGAGUGCUGCACUCAGAACAAUAGUGCCACGUUGUCGUGGAAACAGCCCCCGCUCUCCACCAUCACAGUGGACGGCUACAUCCUGGAACUAGACGACGGCAACGGCGGAGCCUUCAGGGAAGUGUAUGUGGGCACAGAGACCAUCUGCACGGUGGACGGCCUCCACUUCAACAGCACCUACAAGUCCCGCGUCAAGGCCUACAACAGCAGCGGGGUGGGACAGUACAGCAAGACCCUCAUCAUGCAGACCUCAGAGAUCGCCUGGUUCGUCUUCGACCCGGCGUCGGCGCACCCGGACAUUCUGCUCUCCAACGACAACCUGACGGUGUCGUGCAACAGCUACGACGACCGCGUGGUCAUGGGCAACACGGGCUUCUCGCGCGGCGUCCACUACUGGGAGAUGACCGUCGACCGCUACGACAACCACCCCGACCCCGCCUUCGGCAUCGCCCGCGGCGACGUGCUGAAGGACGUGAUGCUGGGCAAGGACGAUAAGGCCUGGGCCAUGUACGUGGACAACAACCGCUCCUGGUUCAUGCACAACAACUCGCACACCAACAGGACGGAUGGGGGGAUCACUAAGGGGGCUACGGUGGGGGUGCUGCUGGACUUCACGCGAGGCAUCCUGAUCUUCCUGCUGAACGACGAGCAGCAGGGCCCCAUCGCCUUCGAGGGCCUGGAGGGCCUCUACUACCCAGCCAUCAGCCUCAACCGCAACGUGCAGGUGACCCUGCACACUGGGCUCCCCAUUCCUGACUUCUACACGCCCGGCGAGGCCGACCCUACUGGCUCCGUCUGUUAGGGGGCACCUGUGUUCAUGUGUUUACGCUACGCCCCCCAGGCCACAGCACCACCCACCCCUCCCCUUCCCAAAUCAACACAGUCUCAUCCCAACUCGUCAAUUUCUCACUACCUUUGACCACACUGCAAUUGUUGAUG